AUGCCUGCUGCGGGAGCACAACAGCGACAGUCCGUUCGUUGGUCGCUUGGUAGAGUCAUCCCAGGUGGGCCAACUUCUUCCCAACAUCUUCAUGAUGCAGGAUUGCCCUUACCCAUUGAAGGAGGCAUUUACGAUUCUUCGCCUAUGACCAAAGAUGAAUUCAUAGUCAGCGGUUCACAAGGAAGGAACCUUGGACAUGUGACGCCCCCAUUCCCAGGUCAGCCCAAUGUUGGGGGACAAGGAACAGUACAUGUGACGCCCCCAUUCCCAGGUCAGCCCAAUGUUGGGGGACAAGGAACAGUACAUGUGACGCCCCCGUACCCAGGUCAGCCCAAUGUUGGGGGACAAGGAACAGUACAUGUGACGCCGCCAUCAAACUGUCAACCUAGUGUUAGGGGAGAAGAUAGUGGUAAGGAGCAUCUCACUCCUCAACAGUCAGCUGAAAUAAACCCAAUGUUUUUAGGGCAUGUGAGGCCGCCAUCCCCUGGUCAGCCCAGUGAUGGGAGACAAGUUAGUGGACAUGUGAUGCCGCCAUCCCCUGGUCAGCCCGAUGUUAAUGGACACGCUAGCGGUAAGGAGUAUCCCACUCCUCAACAGUCACCUGAAAUAAACCCAAUGUUUUUAGGACAUGUGAUGCCUCCAUCCUCUGGUCAGCCCAGUGUUGGGGGACACGCUAGUGGACAUGUGAUGCCGCCAUUCCCUGGUCAGCCCGAUGUUAAUGGACACGCUAGCGGACAUGUGAUGCCGCCAUUCCCUGGUCAGCCCGAUGCUAGGGGACACGCUAGUGGACAUGUGAUGCCGCCAUUCCCUGGUCAGCCCGAUGCUAGAGGACACGCUAGUGGACAUGUGAGGCCGCCAUCCCCUGGUCAGCCCGAUGUUAAUGGACACGCUAGCGGUAAGGAGUAUCCCACUCCUCAACAGUCAGCUGAAAUAAACCCAAUGUUUUUAGGACAUGUGAGGCCGCCAUCCCCUGGUCAGCCCGAUGUUAAUGGACACGCUAGCGGACAUGUGAUGCCGCCAUUCCCUGGUCAGCCCGAUGCUAGGGGACACGCUAGUGGACAUGUGAUGCCGCCAUUCCCUGGUCAGCCCGAUGCUAGGGGACACGCUAGUGGACAUGUGACGCCGCCAUCCUCUGGUCAGCCCAGUGUUGGGGAACAAGUUAGUGGACAUGUGAUGCCGCCAUUCCCUGGUCAGCCCGAUGCUAGGGGACACGCUAGUGGACAUGUGACGCCGCCAUCCUCUGGUCAGCCCGAUGUUAAUGGACACGCUAGCGGUAAGGAGUAUCCCACUCCUCACAGUCCAACCCCUCAACAGUCAGCUGAAAUGAACCCAAAGUUUUUAGGACAUGUGAGGCCGCCAUCCCUGGUCAGCCCGAUGUUAAUGGACACGCUAGCGGUAAGGUAUCCCACUCCUCAACAGUCAGCUGAAAUGAACCCAAAGUUUUUAGGACAUGUGAGGCCGCCAUCCCCUGGUCAGCCCGAUGUUAAUGGACACGCUAGCGGUAAGGAGUAUCCCACUCCUCAACAGUCAGCUGAAAUGAACCCAAAGUUUUUAGGACAUGUGAGGCCGCCAUCCCCUGGUCAGCCCGAUGUUAAUGGACACGCUAGCGGUAAGGAGUAUCCCACUCCUCAACAGUCAGCUGAAAUGAACCCAAAGUUUUUAGGACAUGUGAGGCCGCCAUCCCCUGGUCAGCCCGAUGUUAAUGGACACGCUAGCGGUAAGGAGUAUCCCACUCCUCAACAGUCAGCUGAAAUGAACCCAAAGUUUUUAGGACAUGUGAGGCCGCCAUCCUCUGGUCAGCCCAGUGAUGGGAGACAAGUUAGUGGACAUGUGACGCCGCCAUCCUCUGGUCAGCCCGAUGUUAAUGGACACGCUAGCGGAAAUGUGACGCCGCCAUCCCCUGGUCAGCCCGAUGUUAAUGGACACGCUAGCGGUAAGGAGUAUCCCACUCCUCAACAGUCAGCUGAAAUGAACCCAAAGUUUUUAGGACAUGUGAGGCCGCCAUCCCCUGGUCAGCCCGAUGUUAAUGGACACGCUAGCGGACAUGUGAGGCCGCCAUCCUCUGGUCAGCCCAGUGAUGGGAGACAAGUUAGUGGACAUGUGAGGCCGCCAUCCCCUGGUCAGCCCGAUGUUAAUGGACACGCUAGCGGUAAGGAGUAUCCCACUCCUCAACAGUCAGCUGAAAUGAACCCAAAGUUUUUAGGACAUGUGAGGCCGCCAUCCCCUGGUCAGCCCGAUGUUAAUGGACACGCUAGCGGUAAGGAGUAUCCCACUCCUCAACAGUCAGCUGAAAUGAACCCAAAGUUUUUAGGACAUGUGAUGCCGCCAUCCUCUGGUCAGCCCAGUGUUGGGGGACAAGUUAGUGGACAUGUGAUGCCGCCAUUCCCUGGUCAGCCCGAUGCUAGGGGACACGCUAGCGGUAAGGAGUAUCCCACUCCUCAACAGUCAGCUGAAAUGAACCCAAUGUUUUUAGGACAUGUGAUGCCGCCAUCCUCUGAUCAGCCCAGUGAUGGGAGACAAGUUAGUGGACAUGUGAUGCCGCCAUCCUCUGAUCAGCCCAUUGAUGGGAGACAAGUUAGUGGACAUGUGAUGCCUCCAUCCUCUGGUCAGCCCAGUGUUGGGGGACAAGUUAGUGGACAUGUGAUGCCGCCAUCCCCUGGUCAGCCCGAUGUUAAUGGACACGCUAGCGGACAUGUGAUGCCGCCAUUCCCUGGUCAGCCCGAUGCUAGGGGACACGCUAGUGGACAUGUGAGGCCGCCAUCCUCUGGUCAGCCCAGUGUUGGGGGACACGCUAGUGGACAUGUGACGCCGCCAUCCUCUGGUCAGCCCGAUGUUAAUGGACACGCUAGCGGACAUGUGAUGCCGCCAUUCCCUGGUCAGCCCGAUGCUAGGGGACACGCUAGUGGACAUGUGAUGCCGCCAUCCUCUGGUCAGCCCAGUGAUGGGAGACAAGUUAGUGGACAUGUGACGCCGCCAUCCUCUGGUCAGCCCGAUGUCAAUGGACACGCUAGCGGCCGCCAUCCUGUUAAUAACGCUAUAGAACCCCAACAGUCACUGAAUGUAACAUUAGCCGCCAUCCCUGGUCAGCCCGAUGUGAAUGGACACGCUAGCGGACAUGUGAGGCCGCCAUCCCCUGGUCAGCCCGAUGUUAAUGGACACGCUAGCGGUAAGGAGUAUCCCACUCCUCAACAGUCAGCUGAAAUGAACCCAAAGUUUUUAGGACAUGUGAGGCCGCCAUCCCCUGGUCAGCCCAGUGAUGGGAGACAAGUUAGUGGACAUGUGAGGCCGCCAUCCUCUGGUCAGCCCAGUGAUGGGAGACAAGUUAGUGGACAUGUGAGGCCGCCAUCCCCUGGUCAGCCCGAUGUUAAUGGACACGCUAGCGGUAAGGAGUAUCUCACUCCUCAACAGUCAGCUGAAAUGAACCCAAUGUUUUUAGGACAUGUGAUGCCGCCAUCCCCUGGUCAGCCCGAUGUUAAUGGACACGCUAGCGGACAUGUGAUGCCGCCAUCCUCUGGUCAGCCCAGUGUUGGGGGACAAGUUAGUGGUAAGGAGCAUCUCACUCCUCAACAGUCAGCUGAAAUGAACCCAAAGUUUUUAGGACAUGUGAGGCCGCCAUCCUCUGGUCAGCCCAGUGUUGGGGGACACGCUAGUGGACAUGUGACGCCGCCAUCCUCUGGUCAGCCCGAUGUUAAUGGACACGCUAGCGGUAAGGAGUAUCCCACUCCUCAACAGUCAGCUGAAAUGAACCCAAAGUUUUUAGGACAUGUGAUGCCGCCAUCCUCUGGUCAGCCCAGUGUUGGGGGACACGCUAGUGGACAUGUGAUGCCGCCAUCCUCUGGUCAGCCCAGUGUUGGGGGACAAGUUAGUGGACAUGUGAUGCCGCCAUUCCCUGGUCAGCCCGAUGCUAGGGGACACGCUAGCGGACAUGUGAUGCCGCCAUUCCCUGGUCAGCCCGAUGCUAGGGGACACGCUAGUGGACAUGUGAGGCCGCCAUCCUCUGGUCAGCCCAGUGUUGGGGGACACGCUAGUGGACAUGUGAUGCCGCCAUCCUCUGGUCAGCCCAGUGUUGGGGGACACGCUAGUGGACAUGUGACGCCGCCAUCCUCUGGUCAGCCCGAUGUUAAUGGACACGCUAGCGGACAUGUGAGGCCGCCAUCCUCUGGUCAGCCCAGUGAUGGGAGACAAGUUAGUGGACAUGUGAGGCCGCCAUCCCCUGGUCAGCCCGAUGUCAAUGGACACGCUAGCGGUAAGGAGCAUCUCACUCCUCAACAGUCAGCUGAAAUGAACCCAAAGUUUUUAGGACAUGUGAGGCCGCCAUCCCCUGGUCAGCCCGAUGUUAAUGGACACGCUAGCGGACAUGUGAUGCCGCCAUCCUCUGGUCAGCCCAGUGUUGGGGGACAAGUUAGUGGUAAGGAGCAUCUCACUCCUCAACAGUCAGCUGAAAUGAACCCAAAGUUUUUAGGACAUGUGAGGCCGCCAUCCUCUGGUCAACCCAGUGUUGGGGGACACGCUAGUGGACAUGUGACGCCGCCAUCCUCUGGUCAGCCCGAUGUUAAUGGACACGCUAGCGGACAUGUGAUGCCUCCAUCCUCUGGUCAGCCCAGGGUUGGGGGACACGCUAGUGGACAUGUGACGCCGCCAUCCUCUGGUCAGCCCGAUGUUAAUGGACACGCUAGCGGUAAGGAGUAUCCCACUCCUCAACAGUCAGCUGAAAUGAACCCAAAGUAUUUAGGACAUGUGAGGCCGCCAUCCCCUGGUCAGCCCAGUGAUGGGAGACAAGUUAGUGGACAUGUGAUGCCGCCAUCCCCUGGUCAGCCCGAUGUUAAUGGACACGCUAGCGGUAAGGAGUAUCCCACUCCUCAACAGUCACCUGAAAUAAACCCAAUGUUUUUAGGACAUGUGAUGCCGCCAUCCUCUGAUCAGCCCAGUGAUGGGAGACAAGUUAGUGGACAUGUGAUGCCGCCAUCCUCUGAUCAGCCCAGUUGUUGGGGGACAAGACAUGUGAUGCCUCCAUCCUCUGGUCAGCCCAGUGUUGGGGGACAAGUUAGUGGACAUGUGAUGCCGCCAUCCCCUGGUCUGCCCGAUGUUAAUGGACACGCUAGCGGUAAGGAGUAUCCCACUCCUCAACAGUCAGCUGAAAUGAACCCAAAGUUUUUAGGACAUGUGAGGCCGCCAUCCCCUGGUCAGCCCAGUGAUGGGGGACAAGUUAGUGGACAUGUGACGCCGCCAUCCUCUGAUCAGCCCAGUGUUGGGGGACAAGUUAGUGGACAUGUGACGCCGCCAUCCUCUGGUCAGCCCGAUGUUAAUGGACACGCUAGCGGUAAGGAGUAUCCCACUCCUCAACAGUCAGCUGAAAUAAACCCAAAGUUUUUAGGACAUGUGAGGCCGCCAUCCCCUGGUCAGCCCUGUGUUGGGGGACACGCUAGUGGACAUGUGAUGCCGCCAUCCUCUGGUCAGCCCGAUGUUGGGGGACACGCUAGUGGACAUGUGAUGCCGCCAUCCUCUGGUCAGCCCAGUGUUGGGGGACAAGUUAGUGGACAUGUGAUGCCGCCAUCCUCUGGUCAGCCCGAUGUUAAUGGACACGCUAGUGGACAUGUGAUGCCGCCAUCCUCUGAUCAGCCCAGUGAUGGGAGACAAGUUAGUGGUAAGGAGCAUCUCUCUCCUCAACAGUCAGCUGAAAUAAACCCAAUGUUUUUAGGACAUGUGAUGCCGCCAUCCUCUGAUCAGCCCAUUGAUGGGAGACAAGUUAGUGGACAUGUGAUGCCUCCAUCCUCUGGUCAGCCCAGUGUUGGGGGACAAGUUAGUGGACAUGUGAUGCCGCCAUCCCCUGGUCUGCCCGAUGUUAAUGGACACGCUAGCGGUAAGGAGUAUCCCACUCCUCAACAGUCAGCUGAAAUGAACCCAAAGUUUUUAGGACAUGUGAGGCCGCCAUCCCCUGGUCAGCCCAGUGAUGGGAGACAAGUUAGUGGACAUGUGAUGCCGCCAUCCUCUGGUCAGCCCAGUGAUGGGAGACAAGUUAGUGGACAUGUGACGCCGCCAUCCUCUGGUCAGCCCGAUGUUAAUGGACACGCUAGCGGUAAGGAGUAUCCCACUCCUCAACAGUCAGCUGAAAUAAACCCAAUGUUUUUAGGACAUGUGAGGCCGCCAUCCUCUGGUCAGCCCAGUGUUGGGGGACACGCUAGUGGACAUGUGAUGCCGCCAUCCUCUGGUCAGCCCGAUGUUAAUGGACACGCUAGUGGACAUGUGAUGCCGCCAUCCUCUGGUCAGCCCAGUGUUGGGGGACAAGUUAGUGGACAUGUGAUGCCGCCAUCCUCUGGUCAGCCCGAUGUUAAUGGACACGCUAGUGGACAUGUGAUGCCGCCAUCCUCUGGUCAGCCCAGUGUUGGGGGACAAGACAUGGUGAUGCCGCCAUCCCCUGGUCAGCCAUGUUGGGGACACGCUAGUGGACAUGUGAUGCCGCCAUCCUCUGGUCAGCCCAGUGUUGGGGGACAAGUUAGUGGUAAGGAGUAUCUCACUCCUCAACAGUCAGCUGAAAUGAACACUCAAUUUUUAGGACAUGUGAUGCCGCCAUCCCCUGGUCAGCCCAGAUGUUGGGGGACACGACAUGUGAUGCCGCCAUCCUCUGGUCAGCCCAGUGUUGGGGGACAAGUUAGUGGACAUGUGAUGCCGCCAUCCUCUGGUCAGCCCAGUGAUGGGGGAGAAGAUAAUGGACAUGUGAGGCCGCCAUCCUCUGAUCAGCCCAGUGAUGGGGGAGAAGAUAGCGGACAUGUGAUGCCGCCAUUCCCUGGUCAGCCCGAUGUUAGGGGACACGCUACUGGACAUGUGAUGCCGCCAUUCCCUGGUCAGCCCGAUGUUAGGGGACACGCUACUGGACAUGUGAUGCCGCCAUUCCCUGGUCAGCCCAGUGAUGGUAAUGGACACGCUAGUGGACAUGUGAUGCCGCCAUCCCCUGGUCAGCCCAGUGUUAGGGGACACGCUAGUGGACAUGUGAUGCCGCCAUCCUCUGGUCAGCCCAUUGUUGGGGGACACGCUAGUGGACAUGUGAUGCCGCCAUUCCCUGGUCAGCCCGAUGUUAGGGGACACGCUAGUGGACAUGUGAGGCCGCCAUCCUCUGAUCAGCCCAGUGUUGGGGGACAAGUUAGUGGACAUGUGAUGCCGCCAUCCUCUGGUCAGCCCAGUGUUGGGGGAGAAGACAGUGGUAAGGAGUAUCCCACUCCUCAACAGUCACCUGAAAUAAACCCAAAGUAUUUAGGACAUGUGACGCCGCCAUCCUCUGGUCAGCCCGAUGUUAGGGGACACGCUAGUGGACAUGUGAGGCCGCCAUCCUCUGAUCAGCCCAGUGUUGGGGGACAAGUUAGUGGUAAGGAGCAUCGCACUCCUCAACAGUCAGCUGAAAUAAACCUAAAGUUUUUAGGACAUGUGACGCCGCCAUCCUCUGAUCAGCCCAGUGUUGGGGGACACGCUAGUGGACAUGUGAUGCCGCCAUCCUCUGGUCAGCCCAGUGAUGGGGGAGAAGAUAAUGGACAUGUGAUGCCACCAUCCUCUGGUCAGCCCAGUGAUGGGGGACACGCUAGCGGACAUGUGACGCCGCCAUCCCCUGGUCAGCCCGAUGUUAAUGGACACGCUAGCGGACAUGUGAGGCCGCCAUCCUCUGGUCAGCCCAGUGAUGGGGGAGAAGAUAGCGGACAUGUGAUGCCGCCAUCCUCUGGUCAGCCCAGUGAUGGGGGAGAAGAUAGAGGUAAGGAGUAUCCCACUCCUCAACAGUCACCUGAAAUAAACCCAAAGUAUUUAGGACAUGUGACGCCGCCAUCCUCUGGUCAGCCCAGUGUUGGGGGACACGCUAGUGGACAUGUGAUGCCGCCAUUCCCUGGUCAGCCCGAUGUUAGGGGACACGCUAGUGGACAUGUGAUGCCGCCAUCCCCUGGUCAGCCCGAUGUUAGGGGACACGCUAGCGGACAUGUGACGCCGCCAUCCUCUGGUCACCCCGAUGAUAAUGGACACGCUAGCGGUAAGGAGUAUCUCACUCCUCAACAGUCACCUGAAAUAAACCCAAUGUUUUUAGGACAUGUGAGGCCGCCAUCCUCUGGUCAGCCCGAUGAUAAUGGACACGCUAGCGGACAUGUGACGCCGCCAUCCCCUGGUCAGCCAUGUUGGGGGACAGUUAGCGGAAAUGUGAUGCCGCCAUUCCCUGGUCAGCCCGAUGUUAGGGGACACGCUAGUGGACAUGUGAUGCCGCCAUCCUCUGGUCAGCCCAGUGUUGGGGGAGAAGAUAGUGGAAAUGUGAUGCCGCCAUUCCCUGGUCAGCCCGAUGUUAGGGGACACGCUAGUGGACAUGUGAGGCCGCCAUCCUCUGAUCAGCCCAGUGUUGGGGGAGAAGAUAGUGGACAUGUGAUGCCGCCAUUCCCUGGUCAGCCCGAUGUUAGGGGACACGCUAGUGGACAUGUGAGGCCGCCAUCCUCUGGUCAGCCCAGUGUUGGGGGAAGACAGUGGACAUGUGAUGCCGCCAUCCCCUGGUCAGCCAGUGUUGUGGGGACAGUAGUGCCCGAUGUUAGGGGACACGCUAGUGGACAUGUGAGGCCGCCAUCCUCUGAUCAGCCCAGUGUUGGGGGAGAAGAUAGUGGACAUGUGACGCCGCCAUCCUCUGGUCAGCCCGAUGAUAAUGGAGACGCUAGCGGACAUGUGAUGCCGCCAUUCCCUGGACAUGUGAUGCCGCCAUUCCCUGGUCAGCCCGAUGUUAGGGGACACGCUAGUGGACAUGUGAUGCCGCCAUUCCCUGGUCAGCCCGAUGUUAGGGGACACGCUAGUGGACAUGUGAUGCCGCCAUCCUCUGGUCAGCCCAGUGUUGGGGGAGAAGAUAGUGGAAAUGUGACGCCUCCAUCCUCUGGUCAGCCCAGUGUUGGGGGACACGCUAGCGGUAAGGAGUAUCCCACUCCUCAACAGUCACCUGAAAUAAACCCAAUGUUUUUAGGACAUGUGAUGCCGCCAUUCCCUGGUCAGCCCGAUGUUAGGGGACACGCUAGUGGACAUGUGAAGCCGCCAUCCUCUGAUCAGCCCAGUGUUGGGGGAGAAGAUAGUGGACAUGUGACGCCGCCAUCCUCUGGUCAGCCCGAUGUUAACGGACACGCUAGCGGUAAGGAGUAUCCCACUCCUCAACAGUCAGUUGAAAUGAACCCAAAGUUUUUAGGACAUGUGAGGCCGCCAUCCUCUGGUCAACCCAGUGUUGUGGGACACGCUAGUGGACAUGUGAUGCCGCCAUCCCCUGGUCAGCCCAGUGUUGGGGGACAAGGAACAGGCAAGGGUUAUCUCAUUCAUUCCUACAUACACGAAAUAAACACAAAAUUUAGAGGAUAUGUGACAGCGCCAUCCCCUGGUCAGCUCAGUGUUGGGGAACAAGUUAGUGUUAAGGGGUGUUUCACUCCUCAACUGUCCCCUGAAAUAGACACCAAAUUCUAUGGACAUGAGAAGUCUAGACAUGUGAUGCCGCCAUCCCCUGGUCAGCCCGAUGUUAAUGGACACGCUAGCGGUAAGGAGUAUCCCACUCCUCACAGACAUGUGAGGCCGCCAUCCUCUGGUCAGCCCAGUGUUGGGGGACACGCUAGUGGACAUGUGAUGCCGCCAUCCUCUGGCCAGCCCGAUGUUAGGGGACACGCUAGUGGACAUGUGAUGCCGCCAUCCUCUGGACAUGUGACGCCGCCAUCCUCUGGUCAGCCCGAUGUUAAUGGACACGCUAGCGGUAAGGAGUAUCUCACUCCUCAACAGUCAGCUGAAAUGAACCCAAUGUUUUUAGGACAUGUGAUGCCGCCAUCCCCUGGUCAGCCCAGUGUUGGGGGACAAGAUAGUGGACAUGUGAUGCCGCCAUCCUCUGGUCAGCCCGAUGUUAAUGGACACGCUAGAGGUAAGGAGUAUCCCACUCCUCAACAGUCAGCUGAAAUGAACACCAAUGUUUUAGGACAUGUGAUGCCGCCAUCCCCUGGUCAGCCCGGUGUUGGGGGACAUGGUGGACAUGUGAUGCCGCCAUCCUCUGGUCAGCCCAGUGUUGGGGGACAAGUUAGUGGACAUGUGAUGCCGCCAUCCUCUGGUCAGCCCGAUGUUAAUGGACACGCUAGCGGACAUGUGAGGCCGCCAUCCUCUGGUCAGCCCAGUGUUGGGGGACACGCUAGUGGACAUGUGAUGCCGCCAUCCUCUGGUCAGCCCAGUGAUGGGAGACAAGUUAGUGGACAUGUGAUGCCGCCAUCCUCUGGUCAGCCCGAUGUUAAUGGACACGCUAGUGGUAAGGAGUAUUUCACUCCUCUACAGUCAGCUGAAAUGAACGCAAAGUAUUUAGGACAUGUGACGCCGCCAUCCUCUGGUCACCCCGAUGAUAAUGGACACGCUAGUGGACAUGUGACGCCGCCAUCCUCUGGUCACCCCGAUGAUAAUGGACACGCUAGUGGACAUGUGAUGCCGCCAUCCUCUGGUCAGCCCAGUGUUGGGGGAGAAGAUAGUGGACAUGUGAUGCCGCCAUUCCCUGGUCAGCCAGAUGUUAGGGGACACGCUAGUGGACAUGUGAUGCCGCCAUUCCCUGGUCAGCCCGAUGUUAGGGGACACGCUAGUGGACAUGUGAGGCCGCCAUCCCCUGGUCAGCCCGAUGUUAAUGGACACGCUAGCGGACAUGUGAUGCCGCCAUCCUCUGGUCAGCCCAGUGUUGGGGGACAAGUUAGUGGUAAGGAGCAUCGCACUCCUCAACAGUCAGCUGAAAUGAACCCAAAGUUUUUAGGACAUGUGAGGCCGCCAUCCUCUGGUCAGCCCGAUGUUAAGGGACACGCUAGUGGACAUGUGAUGCCGCCAUCCUCUGGUCAGCCCAGUGUUAGGGGACACGCUAGUGGUAAGGAGUAUUUCACUCCUCAACAGUCACCUGAAAUAAACCCAAUGUUUUUAGGACAUGUGAUGCCGCCAUCCUCUGGUCAGCCCAGUGUUGGGGGACACGCUAGUGGACAUGUGAUGCCGCCAUCCUCUGGUCAGCCCGAUGUUAAGGGACACGCUAGCGGACAUGUGAUGCCGCCAUUCCCUGGUCAGCCUAGUGUUAGGGGACACGUUAGUGGACAUGUGAUGCCGCCAUUCCCUGGUCAGCUCAGUGUUGGGGGACAAGUUAGUGGACAUGUGAUGCCGCCAUUCCCUGGUCAGCCCGAUGUUAAGGGACACGCUAGCGGUAAGGAGUAUCUCACUCCUCAACAGUCAGCUGAAAUAAACCCAAAGUUUUUAGGACAUGUGAUGCCGCCAUCCUCUGGUCAGCCCAGUGUUAGGGGACACGCUAGUGGACAUGUGAGGCCGCCAUCCUCUGGUCAGCCCAGUGUUAAUGGGAGACAAGUUAGUGGACAUGUGAUGCCGCCAUCCUCUGGUCAGCCCGAUGUUAAGGGACACGCUAGGGUAAGGAGUAUCUCACUCCUCAACAGACAUGUGAGGCCGCCAUCCCCUGGUCAGCCCGAUGUUGAUGGGAGACAAGUUAGUGGACAUGUGAUGCCGCCAUCCUCUGGUCAGCCCAGUGUUGGGGGACAAGUUAGUGGACAUGUGAUGCCGCCAUCCCCUGGUCAGCCCGAUGUUAAUGGACACGCUAGCGGUAAGGAGUAUCCCACUCCUCAACAGUCAGCUGAAAUAAACCCAAAGUUUUUAGGACAUGUGAGGCCGCCAUCCUCUGGUCAGCCCAGUGUUGGGGGACACGCUAGUGGACAUGUGAUGCCGCCAUCCUCUGGUCAGCCCAGUGUUGGGGGACACGCUAGUGGUAAGGAGCAUUUCACUCCUCAACAGUCAGCUGAAAUGAAAUCAAUGUUUUUAGGACAUGUGAUGCCGCCAUCCUCUGGUCAGCCCAGUGUUGGGGGACAAGUUAGUGGACAUGUGAUGCCGCCAUUCCCUGGUCAGCCCGAUGUUAAUGGACACGCUAGCGGUAAGGAGUAUCCCACUCCUCAACAGUCAGCUGAAAUGAACCCAAAGUUUUUAGGACAUGUGAGGCCGCCAUCCUCUGAUCAGCCCAGUGUUGGGGGAGAAGAUAGUGGACAUGUGAUGCCGCCAUCCUCUGGUCAGCCCAGUGAUGGGAGACAAGUUAGUGGACAUGUGAUGCCGCCAUUCCCUGGUCAGCCCGAUGCUAGGGGACACGCUAGUAGGACAUGUGAUGCCGCCAUCCCUCUGGUCAGCCCGAUGUUAUGGGGACACGCUAGUGGACAUGUGAUGCCGCCAUCCUCUGGUCAGCCCGAUGUUGGGGGACACGCUAGUGGACAUGUGACGCCGCCAUCCUCUGAUCAGCCCAGUGUUGGGGGACAAGCUAGUGGACAUGUGAUGCCGCCAUCCUCUGGUCAGCCCAGUGAUGGGGGAGAAGAUAAUGGUAAGGAGUAUUUCACUCCUCAACAGUCAGCUGAAAUGAACCCAAAGUUUUUAGGACAUGUGAGGCCGCCAUCCUCUGGUCAGCCCGAUGUUAGGGGACAAGUUAGUGGACAUGUGAUGCCGCCAUUCCCUGGUCAGCCCGAUGUUAGGGGACACGCUAGUGGACAUGUGACGCCGCCAUCCUCUGGUCAGCCCGAUGUUAAUGGACACGCUAGCGGUAAGGAGUAUCCCACUCCUCAACAGUCAGCUGAAAUAAACCCAAUGUUUUUAGGACAUGUGAGGCCGCCAUCCUCUGGUCAGCCCAGUGUUGGGGGACACGCUAGUGGACAUGUGAUGCCGCCAUCCUCUGGUCAGCCCGAUGUUAAUGGACACGCUAGUGGACAUGUGAUGCCGCCAUCCUCUGGUCAGCCCAGUGUUGGGGGACAAGUUAGUGGUAAGGAGCAUCUCACUCCUCAACAGUCAGCUGAAAUAAACACUCAAUUUUUAAGGACAUGUGAUGCCGCCAUCCUCUGGUCAGCCCAUGUAUGUGGGGGACACGCUAGUGGACAUGUGAUGCCGCCAUCCUCUGGUCAGCCCAGUGUUGGGGGACAAGUUAGUGGACAUGUGAUGCCGCCAUUCCCUGGUCAGCCCGAUGUUAAUGGACACGCUAGCGGUAAGGAGUAUCCCACUCCUCAACAGUCAGCUGAAAUGAACCCAAAGUUUUUAGGACAUGUGAGGCCGCCAUCCCCUGGUCAGCCCAGUGAUGGGAGACAAGUUAGUGGACAUGUGAUGCCGCCAUCCUCUGGUCAGCCCAGUGUUGGGGGACAAGUUAGUGGACAUGUGAUGCCGCCAUCCCCUGGUCAGCCCAGUGAUGGGGGAGAAGAUAGCGGUAAGGAGUAUCCCACUCCUCAACAGCCACCUGAAAUAAACCCAAAGUUUUUAGGACAUGUGAUGCCGCCAUCCUCUGGUCAGCCCAGUGUUGGGGGACACGCUAGUGGACAUGUGACGCCGCCAUCCUCUGGUCACCCCGAUGAUAAUGGACACGCUAGCGGACAUGUGAUGCCGCCAUUCCCUGGUCAGCCCGAUGUUAGGGGACACGCUAGUGGACAUGUGAUGCCGCCAUUCCCUGGUCAGCCCGAUGUUAGGGGACACGCUAGUGGACAUGUGAUGCCUCCAUCCUCUGGUCAGCCCAGUGUUGGGGGACAAGCUAGUGGACAUGUGAUGCCGCCAUCCACUGGACAUGUGAUGCCGCCAUCCUCUGGUCAGCCCAGUGUUGGGGGACACGCUAGUGGACAUGUGAGGCCGCCAUCCUCUGGUCAGCCCAGUGUUGGGGGACACGCUAGUGGACAUGUGAUGCCGCCAUCCUCUGGUCAGCCCGAUGUUAGGGGACACGCUAGUGGACAUGUGAUGCCGCCAUCCCCUGGUCAGCCCGAUGUUAAUGGACACGCUAGCGGUAAGGAGUAUCCCACUCCUCAACAGUCAGCUGAAAUGAAACCCAAACCAUCCUCUGGUCAGCCCGAUGUUGAGGGACACGCUAGUGGACAUGUGAUGCCGCCAUCCUCUGGUCAGCCCGAUGUUAAUGGACACGCUAGUGGUAAGGAGUAUCCCACUCCUCAACAGUCAGCUGAAAUGAACCCAAAGUUUUUAGGACAUGUGAUGCCGCCAUCCUCUGGUCAGCCCAGUGUUGGGGGACAAGUUAGUGGACAUGUGAUGCCGCCAUCCUCUGAUCAGCCCAGUGUUGGGGGACACGCUAGUGGACAUGUGAUGCCGCCAUCCUCUGGUCAGCCCAGUGUUGGGGGACAAGUUAGUGGACAUGUGAUGCCGCCAUUCCCUGGUCAGCCCGAUGUUAAUGGACACGCUAGCGGUAAGGAGUAUCCCACUCCUCAACAGUCAGCUGAAAUGAACCCAAAGUUUUUAGGACAUGUGAGGCCGCCAUCCCCUGGUCAGCCCAGUGUUGGGGGACAAGUUAGUGGACAUGUGAUGCCGCCAUCCUCUGGUCAGCCCAGUGUUGGGGGACACGCUAGUGGACAUGUGAUGCCGCCAUCCUCUGGUCAGCCCAGUGUUGGGGGACACGCUAGUGGACAUGUGAUGCCGCCAUCCUCUGGUCAGCCCAGUGUUGGGGGACAAGUUAGUGGACAUGUGAUGCCGCCAUCCCCUGGUCAGCCCGAUGUUAAUGGACACGCUAGCGGUAAGGAGUAUCCCACUCCUCAACAGUCAGCUGAAAUGAACCCAAAGUUUUUAGGACAUGUGAGGCCGCCAUCCUCUGGUCAGCCCAGUGAUGGGGGAGAAGAUAAUGGACAUGUGAUGCCGCCAUCCUCUGGUCAGCCCAGUGUUAUGGACACGCUAGUGGUAAGACAUGUGAUGCCGCCAUCCUCUGGUCAGCCCAGUGUUAGGGGACAAGUUAGUGGUAAGGAGUAUCUCACUCCUCAACAGACAUGUGAGCCCAUCCCUGGUCAGCCCAGUGUUGGGGGACAAGUUAGUGGACAUGUGAUGCCGCCAUUCCCUGGUCAGCCAGAUGUUAGGGGACACGCUAGUGGUAAGGAGUAUUUCACUCCUCAACAGUCAGCUGAAAUGAACCCAAAGUUUUUAGGACAUGUGAUGCCGCCAUCCUCUGGUCAGCCCAGUGUUGGGGGACAAGUUAGUGGACAUGUGAUGCCGCCAUUCCCUGGUCAGCCCGAUGUUAGGGGACACGCUAGUGGACAUGUGAUGCCGCCAUUCCCUGGUCAGCUCAGUGUUGGGGGACAAGUUAGUGGACAUGUGAUGCCGCCAUCCUCUGGCCAGCCCGAUGUUAGGGGACACGCUAGUGGACAUGUGAGGCCGCCAUCCUCUGGUCAGCACAGUGUUGGGGGACACGCUAGUGGUAAGGAGUAUCUCACUCCUCAACAGUCUGCUGAAAUAAACCCAAUGUUUUUAGGACAUGUGAUGCCGCCAUUCCCUGGUCAGCCCAGUGUUGGGGGACACGCUAGUGGACAUGUGAUGCCGCCAUCCUCUGGUCAGCCCGAUGUUAAUGGACAAGUUAGUGGACAUGUGAUGCCGCCAUCCACUGGUCAGCCCAGUGUUGGGGGACACGCUAGUGGACAUGUGAGGCCGCCAUCCUCUGGUCAGCCCGAUGUUAAUGGGGACACGCUAGCGGUAAGUAGUAUCUCACUCCUCAACAGACAUGUGACGCCGCCAUCCUCUGGUCAGCCCGAUGUUAAUGGACACGCUAGUGGACAUGUGAUGCCGCCAUCCUCUGGUCAGCCCGAUGUUAAUGGACACGCUAGUGGACAUGUGAUGCCGCCAUCCUCUGGUCACCCCGAUGAUAAUGGACGCGCUAGCGGACAUGUGAUGCCGCCAUCCUCUGGUCAGCCCAGUGAUGGGGGAGAAGAUAGCGGACAUGUGAUGCCGCCAUCCUCUGGUCAGCCCGAUGUUAAUGGACACGCUAGACAUGUGAUGCCGCCAUCCUCUGGUCAGCCCAGUGAUGGGAGACAAGUUAGUGGACAUGUGAUGCCGCCAUCCUCUGGACAUGUGAUGCCGCCAUCCCCUGGUCAGCCCGAUGUUAAGGGACACGCUAGUGGACAUGUGAGGCCGCCAUCCCCUGGUCAGCCCAGUGAUGGGAGACAAGUUAGUGGACAUGUGAUGCCGCCAUCCUCUGGUCAGCCCAGUGUUGGGGGACAAGUUAGUGGACAUGUGAUGCCGCCAUUCCCUGGUCAGCCCGAUGCUAGGGGACACGCUAGUGGACAUGUGAGGCCGCCAUCCCCUAGUCAGCCCAGUGAUGGGAGACAAGUUAGUGGACAUGUGAUGCCGCCAUUCCCUGGUCAGCCCGAUGUUAGGGGACACGCUAGUGGACAUGUGAGGCCGCCAUCCUCUGGUCAGCCAGAUGUUAGGGGACACGCUAGUGGACAUGUGAUGCCGCCAUCCUCUGGUCAGCCCAGUGUUGGGGGACAAGUUAGUGGUAAGGAGCAUCGCACUCCUCAACAGUCAGCUGAAAUGAACCCAAAGUUUUUAGGACAUGUGAUGCCGCCAUCCUCUGGACAUGUGAUGCCGCCAUUCCCUGGUCAGCCCAGUGUUGGGGGACACGCUAGUGGACAUGUGAUGCCGCCAUCCCCUGGUCAGCCCCAUGUUAAUGGACACGCUAGUGGUAAGGAGUAUCCCACUCCUCAACAGUCAGCUGAAAUGAACCCAAAGUUUUUAGGACAUGUGAUGCCGCCAUUCCCUGGUCAGCCAGAUGUUAGGGGACACGCUAGUGGACAUGUGAUGCCGCCAUCCUCUGGUCAGCCCAGUGUUGGGGGACACGCUAGUGGUAAGGAGAAUCUCACUCCUCAACAGUCAGCUGAAAUAAACCCAAAGUUUUUAGGACAUGUGACGCCGCCAUCCUCUGGUCAGCCCGAGUGUUGGGGGACAAGACAUGUGAUGCCGCCAUUCCCUGGUCAGCCAGAUGUUAGGGGACACGCUAGUGGUAAGGAGUAUCUCACUCCUCAACAGUCAGCUGAAAUGAACCCAAAGUUUUUAGGACAUGUGACGCCUCCAUCCUCUGGUCAGCCCAGUGUUGGGGGACACGCUAGUGGACAUGUGAUGCCGCCAUUCCCUGGUCAGCCCGAUGUUAGGGGACACGCUAGUGGACAUGUGACGCCGCCAUCCUCUGGUCACCCCGAUGUUAGGGGACACGCUAGUGGUAAGGAGUAUCUCACUCCUCAACAGUCAGCUGAAAUGAAAUCAAUGUUUUUAGGACAUGUGAUGCCGCCAUCCUCUGGCCAGCCCGAUGUUAGGGGACACGCUAGUGGACAUGUGAUGCCGCCAUCCUCUGGUCAGCCCAGUGUUAGGGGACACGCUAGUGGUAAGGAGUAUCUCACUCCUCAACAGUCAGCUGAAAUUAACACUCAAUUUUUAGGACAUGUGAUGCCGCCAUCCUCUGGUCAGCCCAGUGUUGGGGGACACGCUAGUGGACAUGUGAUGCCGCCAUCCUCUGGUCAGCCCGAUGUUGGGGGACACGCUAGUGGUAAGGAGUAUCUCACUCCUCAACAGUCAGCUGAAAUGAACCCAAAGUUUUUAGGACAUGUGAUGCCGCCAUCCUCUGGUCAGCCCAGUGAUGGGAGACAAGUUAGUGGACAUGUGAUGCCGCCAUCCUCUGGUCAGCCCAGUGUUGGGGGACACGUUAGUGGACAUGUGAUGCCGCCAUUCCCUGGUCAGCCCGAUGUUAAUGGACACGCUAGCGGUAAGGAGUAUCCCACUCCUCAACAGUCAGCUGAAAUGAACCCAAAGUUUUUAGGACAUGUGAGGCCGCCAUCCCCUGGUCAGCCCAGUGAUGGGAGACAAGUUAGUGGACAUGUGAUGCCGCCAUCCUCUGGUCAGCCCAGUGUUGGGGGACAAGUUAGUGGUAAGGAGUAUCUCACUCCUCAACAGUCAGCUGAAAUGAACACUCAAUUUUUAGGACAUGUGAUGCCGCCAUCCUCUGGUCAGCCCGAUGUUAAUGGACACGCUAGUGGACAUGUGAUGCCGCCAUUCCCUGGUCAGCCCGAUGCUAGGGGACACGCUAGCGGUAAGGAGUAUCCCACUCCUCAACAGUCAGCUGAAAUGAACCCAAAGUUUUUAGGACAUGUGAGGCCGCCAUCCCCUGGUCAGCCCAGUGUUGGGGGACAAGUUAGUGGACAUGUGACGCCGCCAUCCUCUGGUCAGCCCGAUGUUAGGGGACACGCUAGUGGACAUGUGAUGCCGCCAUCCUCUGGUCAGCCCAGUGUUGGGGGACACGCUAGUGGACAUGUGAUGCCGCCAUCCUCUGGCCAGCCCGAUGUUAGGGGACACGCUAGUGGACAUGUGAUGCCGCCAUCCUCUGGUCAGCCCAUUGUUGGGGGACACGCUAGUGGACAUGUGAUGCCGCCAUUCCCUGGUCAGCCCGAUGUUAGGGGACACGCUACUGGACAUGUGAUGCCGCCAUCCUCUGGUCAGCCCAGUGUUGGGGGACACGUUAGUGGUAAGGAGUAUCCCACUCCUCAACAGUCACCUGAAAUAAACCCAAAGUAUUUAGGACAUGUGACGCCGCCAUCCUCUGGUCAGCACAGUGUUGGGGGACACGCUAGUGGUAAGGAGUAUCUCACUCCUCAACAGUCAGCUGAAAUGAACCCAAAGUUUUUAGGACAUGUGACGCCGCCAUCCUCUGGUCACCCCGAUGAUAAUGGACACGCUAGUGUAGGACCCCGCCUAAAUUUUAAGGACAUGUUGCCAUUCCCUGGUCAGCCCGAUGUUUGGGGACACGCUAGUGGACAUGUGACGCCGCCAUCCUCUGAUCAGCCCAGUGUUGGGGGAGAAGAUAAUGGACAUGUGAUGCCGCCAUCCCCUGGUCAGCCCGAUGUUAAUGGACACGCUAGUGGUAAGGAGUAUCUCACUCCUCAACAGUCAGCUGAAAUAAACCCAAUGUUUUUAGGACAUGUGAGGCCGCCAUCCUCUGGUCAGCCCAGUGUUGGGGGACACGCUAGUGGACAUGUGAUGCCGCCAUCCUCUGGUCAGCCCGAUGUUAAUGGACACGCUAGUGGACAUGUGAUGCCGCCAUCCUCUGGUCAGCCCAGUGUUGGGGGACACGCUAGUGGACAUGUGAUGCCGCCAUCCUCUGGUCAGCCCGAUGUUAAUGGACACGCUAGUGGACAUGUGAUGCCGCCAUCCUCUGGUCAGCCCAGUGUUGGGGGACAAGUUAGUGGACAUGUGAUGCCGCCAUUCCCUGGUCAGCCCGAUGUUAGGGGACACGCUAGUGGACAUGUGAGGCCGCCAUCCCCUGGUCAGCCCAGUGAUGGGAGACAAGUUAGUGGACAUGUGAUGCCGCCAUCCUCUGGUCAGCCCAGUGAUGGGAGACAAGUUAGUGGACAUGUGAUGCCGCCAUUCCCUGGUCAGCCCGAUGCUAGGGGACACGCUAGUGGACAUGUGAGGCCGCCAUCCCCUGGUCAGCCCAGUGAUGGGAGACAAGUUAGUGGACAUGUGAUGCCGCCAUCCUCUGGUCAGCCCGAUGUUGGGGGACACGCUAGUGGACAUGUGAGGCCGCCAUCCCCUGGUCAGCCCGAUGUUAAGGGACACGCUAGCGGACAUGUGAGGCCGCCAUCCUCUGGUCAGCCCGAUGUUAGGGGACACGCUAGUGGACAUGUGACGCCGCCAUCCUCUGGUCAGCCCAGUGUUAAUGGACAAGCUAGUGGUAAGGAGCAUCCCACUCCUCAACAGUCACCUGAAAUAAACCUCAAGUUUUUAGGACAUGUGAUGCCGCCAUCCUCUGGUCAGCCCAGUGUUGGGGGACACGCUAGUGGACAUGUGACGCCGCCAUCCUCUGGUCACCCCGAUGAUAAUGGACACGCUAGUGGACAUGUGAUGCCGCCAUCCUCUGGUCAGCCCAGUGUUGGGGGACACGCUAGUGGUAAGGAGUAUCUCACUCCUCAACAGUCAGCUGAAAUGAACACUCAAUUUUUAGGACAUGUGAUGCCGCCAUCCCCUGGUCAGCCCGAUGUUAAUGGACACGCUAGUGGACAUGUGAUGCCGCCAUCCUCUGGUCAGCCCAGUGAUGGGGGAGAAGAUAAUGAUGUUGGGGGACACGCUAGUGGUAAGGAGUAUUUCACUCCUCAACAGUCAGCUGAAAUGAACCCAAAGUUUUUAGGACAUGUGAUGCCGCCAUCCUCUGGUCAGCCCAGUGUUGGGGGACAAGUUAGUGGACAUGUGAUGCCGCCAUCCUCUGAUCAGCCCAGUGUUGGGGGACAAGUUAGUGGUAAGGAGCAUCGCACUCCUCAACAGUCAGCUGAAAUGAACCCAAUGUUUUUAGGACAUGUGAGGCCGCCAUCCCCUGAUCAGCCCAGUGAUGGGAGACAAGUUAGUGCACAUGUGAUGCCGCCAUUCCCUGGUCAGCCCGAUGCUAGGGGACACGCUAGUGGACAUGUGAGGCCGCCAUCCCCUAGUCAGCCCAGUGAUGGGGGACACGUUAGUGGACAUGUGAUGCCGCCAUCCUCUGGUCAGCCCAGUGUUGGGGGACACGCUAGUGGUAAGGAGCAUUUCACUCCUCAACAGUCAGCUGAAAUGAAAUCAAUGUUUUUAGGACAUGUGAUGCCGCCAUCCUCUGGCCAGCCCGAUGUUAGGGGACACGCUAGUGGACAUGUGAUGCCGCCAUCCUCUGGUCAGCCCAGUGUUGGGGGACAAGCUAGUGGACAUGUGAUGCCGCCAUCCUCUGGUCAGCCCAGUGUUGGGGGACAAGUUAGUGGACAUGUGAUGCCGCCAUUCCCUGGUCAGCCCGAUGUUAGGGGACACGCUAGUGGACAUGUGACGCCGCCAUCCUCUGGUCAGCCCGAUGUUAAUGGACACGCUAGUGGACAUGUGAGGCCGCCAUCCUCUGGUCAGCCCAGUGUUGGGGGACACGUUAGUGGACAUGUGAUGCCGCCAUCCUCUGGUCAGCCCAGUGAUGGGAGACAAGUUAGUGGACAUGUGAUGCCGCCAUCCUCUGGUCAGCCCGAUGUUAAUGGACACGCUAGUGGACAUGUGAUGCCGCCAUCCCCUGGUCAGCCCGAUGUUAAUGGACACGCUAGCGGUAAGGAGUAUCCCACUCCUCAACAGACAUGUGAGGCCGCCAUCCCUUGUCCUGGUCAGCCCGAUGUUAAUGGACACGCUAGUGGUAAGGAGUAUCCCACUCCUCAACAGUCAGCUGAAAUGAACCCAAAGUUUUUAGGACAUGUGAGGCCGCCAUCCCCUGGUCAGCCCAGUGUUGGGGGACAAGUUAGUGGACAUGUGACGCCGCCAUCCUCUGGUCAGCCCGAUGUUAAUGGAGACGCUAGCGGAAAUGUGACGCCUCCAUCCUCUGGUCAGCCCAGUGCUGGGGGACACGCUAGUGGACAUGUGAUGCCGCCAUUCCCUGGACAUGUGAGGCCGCCAUCCUCUGGUCAGCCAGAUGUUAGGGGACACGCUAGUGGACAUGUGACGCCUCCAUCCUCUGGUCAGCCCAGUGUUGGGGGACACGCUAGUGGACAUGUGAUGCCGCCAUCCUCUGAUCAGCCCAGUGUUGGGGGACACGCUAGCGGACAUGUGAUGCCUCCAUCCUCUGGUCAGCCCAGUGUUGGGGGACAAGUUAGUGGUAAGGAGCAUCGCACUCCUCAACAGUCAGCUGAAAUGAACCCAAAGUUUUUAGGACAUGUGAUGCCGCCAUUGCCUGGUCAGCCAGAUGUUAGGGGACACGCUAGUGGACAUGUGAUGCCGCCAUUCCCUGGUCAGCCCGAUGUUAGGGGACACGCUAGUGGACAUGUGAUGCCGCCAUUCCCUGGUCAGCCAGAUGUUAGGGGACACGCUAGUGGACAUGUGACGCCUCCAUCCUCUGGUCAGCCAGAUGUUAGGGGACACGCUAGUGGACAUGUGACGCCUCCAUCCUCUGGUCAGCCCAGUGUUGGGGGACACGCUAGUGGACAUGUGAUGCCGCCAUCCUCUGAUCAGCCCAGUGUUGGGGGACACGCUAGCGGUAAGGAGUAUCCCACUCCUCAACAGUCACCUGAAAUAAACCCAAUGUUUUUAGGACAUGUGAUGCCUCCAUCCUCUGGUCAGCCCAGUGUUGGGGGACAAGUUAGUGGACAUGUGAUGCCGCCAUCCCCUGGUCAGCCCGAUGUUAAUGGACACGCUAGCGGUAAGGAGUAUCCCACUCCUCAACAGUCAGCUGAAAUGAACCCAAAGUUUUUAGGACAUGUGAGGCCGCCAUCCCCUGGUCAGCCCGAUGUUAAUGGACACGCUAGCGGACAUGUGAUGCCGCCAUCCCCUGGUCAGCCCGAUGUUAAUGGACACGCUAGCGGUAAGGAGUAUCCCACUCCUCAACAGUCAGCUGAAAUAAACCCAAUGUUUUUAGGACAUGUGAGGCCGCCAUCCUCUGGUCAGCCCAGUGUUGGGGGACAAGUUAAUGGACAUGUGAUGCCGCCAUCCUCUGAUCAGCCCAGUGUUGGGGGACAAGUUAGUGGUAAGGAGCAUCGCACUCCUCAACAGUCAGCUGAAAUGAACCCAAAGUUUUUAGGACAUGUGAUGCCGCCAUUCCCUGGUCAGCCAGAUGUUAGGGGACACGCUAGUGGACAUGUGACGCCUCCAUCCUCUGGUCAGCCAAAUGUUGGGGGACACGCUAGUGGUAAGGAGUAUCUCACUCCUCAACAGUCAGCUGAAAUGAACCCAAUGUUUUUAGGACAUGUGAGGCCGCCAUCCUCUGAUCAGCCCAGUGUUGGGGGACAAGUUAGUGGACAUGUGAUGCCGCCAUCCUCUGGUCAGCCCAGUGUUGGGGGACAAGUUAGUGGACAUGUGACGCCGCCAUCCUCUGGUCAGCCCGAUGUUAAUGGAGACGCUAGCGGAAAUGUGACGCCUCCAUCCUCUGGUCAGCCCAGUGUUGGGGGACACGCUAGUGGACAUGUGACGCCGCCAUCCUCUGGUCAGCCCGAUGUUAAUGGAGACGCUAGCGGAAAUGUGACGCCUCCAUCCUCUGGUCAGCCCAGUGUUGGGGGACAAGUUAGUGGUAAGGAGCAUCGCACUCCUCAACAGUCAGCUGAAAUAAACCCAAUGUUUUUAGGACAUGUGAUGCCGCCAUCCUCUGAUCAGCCCAGUGUUGGGGGACACGCUAGUGGACAUGUGAUGCCGCCAUUCCCUGGUCAGCCCGAUGUUAGGGGACACGCUAGUGGACAUGUGAUGCCGCCAUUCCCUGGUCAGCCAGAUGUUAGGGGACACGCUAGUGGACAUGUGACGCCUCCAUCCUCUGGUCAGCCAGAUGUUAGGGGACACGCUAGUGGACAUGUGAUGCCGCCAUCCCCUGAUCAGCCCAGUGAUGGGAGACAAGUUAGUGGACAUGUGAUGCCUCCAUCCUCUGGUCAGCCCAGUGUUGGGGGACAAGUUAGUGGUAAGGAGCAUCGCACUCCUCAACAGUCAGCUGAAAUGAACCCAAAGUUUUUAGGACAUGUGAUGCCGCCAUUCCCUGGUCAGCCAGAUGUUAGGGGACACGCUAGUGGACAUGUGACGCCUCCAUCCUCUGGUCAGCCAAAUGUUGGGGGACACGCUAGUGGACAUGUGAUGCCUCCAUCCUCUGGUCAGCCCAGUGUUGGGGGACAAGUUAGUGGUAAGGAGCAUCGCACUCCUCAACAGUCAGCUGAAAUGAACCCAAAGUUUUUAGGACAUGUGAUGCCGCCAUUCCCUGGACAUGUGACGCCUCCAUCCUCUGGUCAGCCAAAUGUUGGGGGACACGCUAGUGGUAAGGAGUAUCUCACUCCUCAACAGUCAGCUGAAAUGAACCCAAUGUUUUUAGGACAUGUGAGGCCGCCAUCCUCUGGUCAGCCCAGUGUUGGGGGACACGCUAGUGGACAUGUGAGGCCGCCAUCCUCUGAUCAGCCCGAUGUUAGGGGACACGCUAGUGGACAUGUGAUGCCGCCAUUCCCUGGUCAGCCAGAUGUUAGGGGACACGCUAGUGGACAUGUGAUGCCGCUAUCCUCUGAUCAGCCCAGUGUUGGGGGACACGCUAGUGGACAUGUGAUGCCGCCAUCCUCUGGUCAGCCCAGUGUUGGGGGACAAGUUAGUGGUAAGGAGCAUCGCACUCCUCAACAGUCAGCUGAAAUAAACCCAAUGUUUUUAGGACAUGUGAUGCCGCCAUCCUCUGAUCAGCCCAGUGUUGGGGGACACGCUAGUGGACACGUGAGGCCGCCAUCCUCUGGUCAACCAAAUGUUGGGGGACACGCUAGUGGACAUGUGAUGUCGCCAUCCCCUGGUCAGCCCGAUGUUAGGGGACACGCUAGUGGACAUGUGAUGCCUCCAUCCUCUGGUCAGCCCAGUGUUGGGGGACAAGUUAGUGGUAAGGAGCAUCGCACUCCUCAACAGUCAGCUGAAAUGAACCCAAAGUUUUUAGGACAUGUGAUGCCGCCAUUCCCUGGUCAGCCAGAUGUUAGGGGACACGCUAGUGGACAUGUGACGCCUCCAUCCUCUGGUCAGCCAAAUGUUGGGGGACACGCUAGUGGUAAGGAGUAUCUCACUCCUCAACAGUCAGCUGAAAUGAACCCAAUGUUUUUAGGACAUGUGACGCCUCCAUCCUCUGGUCAGCCAAAUGUUGGGGGACACGCUAGUGGACAUGUGAGGCCGCCAUCCUCUGAUCAGCCCAGUGUUGGGGGACAAGUUAGUGGUAAGGAGCAUCGCACUCCUCAACAGUCAGCUGAAAUAAACCCAUUGUUUUUAGGACAUGUGAUGCCGCCAUCCUCUGAUCAGCCCAGUGUUGGGGGACACGCUAGUGGACAUGUGAUGCCGCCAUCCUCUGGUCAGCCCAGUGUUGGGGGACACGCCAGUGGACAUGUGAUGCCGCCAUCCUCUGAUCAGCCCAGUGUUGGGGGACACGCUAGUGGACAUGUGAUGCCGCCAUUCCCUGAUCAGCCCAGUGAUGGGAGACAAGUUAGUGGACAUGUGACGCCUCCAUCCUCUGAUCAGCCCAGUGUUGGGGGACACGCUAGCGGUAAGGAGUAUCCCACUCCUCAACAGUCACCUGAAAUAAACCCAAUGUUUUUAGGACAUGUGAUGCCUCCAUCCUCUGGUCAGCCCAGUGAUGGGAGACAAGUUAGUGGACAUGUGACGCCUCCAUCCUCUGGUCAGCCCAGUGUUGGAGGAGAAGGACAUGUGACGCCUCCAUCCUCUGGUCAGCCCAGUGUUGGAGGAGAAGGACACGUGAGGCCGCCAUCCUCUGGUCAACCAAAUGUUGGGGGACACGCUAGUGGUAAGGAGCAUCCCACUCCUCAACAGUCACCUGAAAUAAACCCAAUGUUUUUAGGACAUGUGAUGCCGCCAUCCUCUGAUCAGCCCAGUGAUGGGAGACAAGUUAGUGGAAAUGUGACGCCUCCAUCCUCUGGUCAGCCCAGUGUUGGGGGACACGCCAGUGGACAUGUGAUGCCGCCAUCCUCUGGUCAGCCCAGUGUUGGGGGACACGCUAGUGGUAAGGAGUAUCCGACUCCUCAACAGUCAGCUGAAAUGAACUCAAAGUUUUUAGGACAUGUGAGGCCGCCAUCCUCUGGUCAACCCAGUGUUGGGGGAGAAGAUAGUGGACAUGUGAUGUCGCCAUUCCCUGGUCAGCCCAGUGUUGGAGGAGAAGGUAGUGGACAUGUGAUGCCGCCAUCCCCUGGUCAGCCCGACGUUAAUGGACACGCUAGCGGACAUGUGAUGCCUCCAUCCUCUGAACAGCCCAGUGUUGGGGGAGAAGACAGUGGUAAGGAGUAUCUCACUUCUCAACAGUCAGCUGAAAUGAACCCAAAGUUUUUAGGACAUGUGAGGCCGCCAUCCUCUGGUCAACCCAGUGUUGGGGGAGAAGAUAGUGGACAUGUGAUGCCGCCAUCCUCUGCUCAGCCCAGUGUUGUGGGACAAGGAACAGGCAAGGGAUAUGUGACAGCGCCAUCCCCUGGUCAGCUCAGUGUUGGGGAACAAGUUAGUGUUAAGGGGUGUUUCACUCCUCAACUGUCCCCUGAAAUAAACACCAAAUUCUAUGGACAUGAGAAGUCUAGUUAG